AUGAUCGUACUAGGGUCUGGUGGACAUACCGCAGAAAUGAUAAGAAUCCUUAAUUAUUUAAGCUUUGAAAAUUACUCGCCAAGAAUAUACGUAUACGCGGAUACAGAUUUAACGAGCAUCGAGAAAGUAAAGUACUUGGAAAAGAACAAUAUAGACUAUAAAAUAAUCAAAAUUCGUAGAAGUAGAGAAGUUCGUCAGUCGAACUAUGCAUCUGUUUGCAAUACCAUUUGUGCAACCUUGGAGUCCGUUCCUCACUUGUGGAGAGAAUGUCCAGAGUUACUUUUAUGUAAUGGUCCAGGCACUUGUGUUCCUUUGUGCUUGUCAUACCUACGAUAUUUUUCAAAAAUGUCUAAUCGCACGAUUAUUGCAAGCUCGAUACCUUGGAGUCUGUUAGGUGAAAAUAUGCAAGGUUAUAUCCCGAUUGAAAUGAAGAUACGUUUGACGUCGAUAGAACGUAACUUGGAAAGUUACUCCGUUGAAGAUGAAGUAAAGUUUCCGUCGCUAAAAUGGACAAAGAAUUCUUUGAUAAUAGUCGAAGCUUGUUUGGAUAAAACAUGGGAAAUAUUAAAUUCUGGUCACUGGCAAUUUGUACCGGUUGAAUAUCGAUAUUGUUACACAUUAUGUACUGUUUUAAAGGCGGUUCUGCUAGAGCUUCGGUAUAGCAGCGAUAGUCGGAAACAAUUUACAAAGAAUACGAUCUUGUUGAAAAAUAUCAUUCGGCAAAUUGACAAAGGUAUUUUAUUAGGAGCACCACUUCCGAAUGUAGUGACCGAUUUGUUACCAAAACUUGCUUCAAAAUUGAACGUUUAUAUCGCAAAAUCAUCGGAGCUGGAUUUGGAAGAAUUAACGACCGAUUGUAAAAAUUCGUAUAAUUCCAUAUUACCUGGAUUUACUGAAAUUGUCCAGUACGUUGUACCUUCGAUGGAAUUAUUUUACAAGGAAAUAUUUAUGCCGAAAGUACCAGCGCUGAUGAAAGAUUGUAUCGAACAUUGGAAAGCAUUGAAGCGAUGGAAAGAUGCAAGAUAUUUACUUAGCGUGGCUGGAAAUCGAACAGUACCUGUUGAAAUUGGUUCGCGUUAUACCGAUGAAAAUUGGUCGCAACAACUUGUUAGUUUUUCAGAAUUUUUGCAAAAAUACGUACUAACGGAAUGUGAUCAAGUUGGUUAUUUGGCUCAACAUCAAUUAUUCGAACAAAUACCCGAAUUGAAAGACGAUUUUACAAUUCCUGAAUAUUGUAACUUUACAGAUGGUGAUAACGUGGAACAGCCAGAUGUAAAUGCUUGGUUUGGACCUAGCGGGACUGUUUCACCCCUGCAUUUCGAUCCUAAAAAUAAUUUUUUGUGCCAAGUAUUUGGAUAUAAAAGGGUCAUUUUAUACCAUCCGAAUGAUUCGUCUAAUUUGUAUCCAUACGAUACCAAGUUACUCGAUAAUACUGCACAGGUUGAUCCUUUGAACCCAGAUUUUGAGAAAUGGCCUAAUUUUAGUAAAGCUGAAGGUUUCAUGGUUUAUUUGAAACCUGGAGAGAUACUGUACAUUCCUCCAAAGUGGUGGCAUCACGUAACUUCCUUGACUCCAAGUUUUUCAAUUAGUUUCUGGUGGAAUUAAGUAUGAAGAAAUAUAAUAUACGUCUUGAGAGAAAAACUUUGGUUGAAUCUUGUUGUACAUAAUCAUAUUAUACAUAAUUUAGUAAGUCGGAUUAGAGUGUUACUGCGAUGGAAAAUGAUUUCAAGAGCAAAAUAGAUCCAUAG